AUGGCGACGGAACAGUCAGCACUUGACGUCGACGCGCCGGCGUCGCCGCCGCGCGCAUCCGAACACCACAGCCCUACCAAUGAGGACCGCCGGAAGCGCAAGGCUUCGAGCCCCGAAGCGCGCAGCGAUGAUGGCCGGGCCAAACGGCCCAGGCAAGGCAGUGAGGACAGAGCCUCGCCUCCACCCCGCAGACGAUCCCCCUCGCCCGCACACCGACGAGAUUCUUAUGGUAGCGGCCAAGAGCGCAGGCCAUCAGUGACUCAAGAGGACAAGAAGCGCGGCAAGCGCCUUUUUGGUGGCCUCCUCAACACCCUCAGCCAAACGGGAAGCAGCUCGCAGCAGAAGCGUCGACAGGAGAUUGAGAGGCGCCAGCAAAUCAAGAUGAAGGAACAGACAGCCGAAGAUGAUAAGCGGCGGGCUGAAAAGAAGGCAGAGCUACACAAGAUCCGCAUGGAGCAGCAGAUUCACUUCGAGGAGCAAGUGAUGCGCAACAGACACGCAAAGGAGCUUCGCCUAGCCCAAUUCCUCCGCACCAGAGCCCGGCCCGUAAUUUAUUACAGGCCCUAUCGCCUGACAGAGAGAGAAGAGGACAUCAUCGAUGAUCAGAUUAGUGACGUCAAGGUCGAUAUUGCCCGCGACCUAGAAGACUUCAAGUAUCGAAAGGAGCGCCACCUCCGACGGUACGGGCUCAAGAACGACAUAGACAGCCGUCCCCGGGAGCCCAGCCCAGCGCCCAUGCGGGUACCCGACAUUGGGCCGCCACCGUCCCCGCGGCCCUCUGCUAACGCCGAGGAUGCGGAUCAGCACCCCGAAACGGAGGAUCGAGAGGUUCGAGACGCCGAGCCCAUCGAGCAGCAGCCAGGACCGCAGUCCCAUCAUCACGACCCGCACGACGAUUCAGGUGACGUUCUGGUAGAGGGAGAAGAGGAUAUGGUUAUCUACUAA